ACUUAUUACAUUUUUAAAAUCUUAAUUAUAUAUUUUAUCACUGCCAUGUUCUUUACCGAUAUAAUUACAUCAUCGUCACAUGCACUUACUUAAUUCUCAGUUUUAAAAUAAAUAAAUAAAAUAAAUAAAUACCACAAAACCUAAUCUCCUCUUUAACUACGUUAAUCAGAAAUGAGUUAAACACACUAUAAAGACAGAACAUAAGUAAAGCCAUGGAUUUGUCUUCAAAACACAGACAAACGUUAGUAAACUCUACUAUCGCCGGAGAACCAACCGUCGCCGGAGAAAUGGGUAUCUGUUACAAAGAGUGUUUGAAAAACCACGCGGCUAACCUCGGUGGUCACGCGCUCGACGGCUGCGGCGAGUUUAUGCCGACCCCCACCGCAACACCCGCCGAUCCUUCCUCUCUCCGGUGCGCCGGUUGUGGCUGCCACCGUAAUUUCCACCGCCGUGACCCUUCCGACCAUCUCAAUUUCCUCCCCGUGCAUCCCGCUUCCUCUCCCUCCGGCACCGAAUCGCCGCCGUCUCAGUCGCUUCACCACGUGGCCUCCCCUGUUCCCUUCUCUUACUACACUUCAGCUCCACACCACGUGCAUCUCUCUCUCAGCUCCGGUUUCCGUGGACCGUCGGAUCUUGACCCGACGGGUGUGAGAUCGGAGAACAGCUCGAAAGGAGCAAUGAGGAAACGGACGAGGACCAAAUUCACGCCGGAGCAGAAGAUGAAGAUGAGAGCUUUCGCCGAGAAAGCAGGUUGGAAAAUCAACGGCUGCGAUGAAAAGUCGGUGAGGGAGUUCUGUAGCGAGGUUGGGAUCGGGAGAGGGGUUCUUAAAGUAUGGAUGCAUAAUAAUAAGUAUUCACUUCUCAACGGUAAGAACAUAGAGAUCUUGUCGGUCGAUCAUCAUCCUCGUCUUUGUCUGAACACUCAGAGCUCUAACAAUGGUGGAGGAGACGGAGACACCGUUGAUGGGUCUUCCUCUUCUUGAUCAGCUUUUGUGAAGCUAAUUAGGAUACUUCAAUCUGGGGUUAAAGUUAUAUUAAUUAUGAGCAUUAACCGUUCAAUCUUAUAAUAGUAAGUUCUAACAUGUAAUGGAUCAACGAUAUAUAUGCGGUUUUAAAAUAUCAAUGAUCUUUUCAGGUUUUUACUUUUAUUUUGGUAUGAACGUGAUGUUCAGAGAUCGUAAUGGGUUUGAUAAUGAAAUACUAUUUUUUCUUUAA